AUGAGUUCAUCAUCACUAUUACCUUCUAUCAUGCUUUAUUCCAUCAAAAUAUUUCAUAUUAUGUCACCAUUCUUGUGUUCCCUCAACAUAGCAAUAAGUUUUGGAACAACUCUCUAUCGUGCAUACAACCAAAAGGACAUACCUUUGAUAAUCUUCGUAGUUUUUGUCUUCUUUAGUUCCAUUUUAUUGAACUAUUGGUCUAAAUUGUACGAUAAAUUAUCUGGACCCGACCGAUCUUCUUCGAAGGGACGUAACAUAAAAAUCGGAACAUGGAUUUUGUUGAGUAUUAUCAUGUUGGGAUUUGCAUGUGAGUUUUCAACUUUUAUGAGUUUCUGUGAAUGUGUGUGUAUUUGUGUGUUUAUGAUUUUAGGAAAUGGUUUUAUUUAUUAUUUGUGUUUUGUUUGGGAGGGUUGCAAGAGUUGUGGGAGUAAGAGUUUUUCAAUUCAUUAUAGUUGGUGUGCUGAUAAGAAUGUACGGUAUAAGGAUUUUGGAUCAUUUAUAGGGGUUAAGGGUUUGGAUUUUGUGUAA